UUUAACCGAUGUUGAUUUCCUACUUCCGGUUCAUUUUACUCGAAGUCCGUCUUUUCAAGUUAAAACUUUAUAGAAUGGCUUUGUCAGCCGUUGAAAAUUUACAACACCAAGCACGAAAUGCAUCACAAGAAGAUAUCGACAAAUUAUGUAAAAACAUCACUGACACAUUCCAUGUUGCCGAGAAAACAUCAGAGUGUCUGGGAUAUCUGAGGUCUUUGUUUUUCAUCCUGCAGGCUUCAGAUGAGGAACCUUGCAUACCACAAGAAUUAUUGGUUGCCAUGGUGACAGCAGUUGGAUCCACCUGGGAUCGGCAGAAUACGAGACAGUGUGCUCUGUGUCAGCAGAUAAUUUCUGAACUCUUACCAAGAGAAGAUUCCAAUGUGCUGUUUGAUGAGGCCAAACCAGUCAAUAAAAACCUUCUGCCAUUCUGUUUAAUACAGGGUAAGAGGUUAGGAUGUCUGGAAAGAUCCUUUAACACAGCAGUCAAGUGGGUAAUCAGCCAGGGGUUUGACUUUGAAAGUCAAAAGAAAGCCUUCUCCUUUCUUGUUGGAGUGGUCACGCUACACAAGGAGAUUGUGGCAGAAGAUUGUGUACGAGACACCAGUAACCGGAUUUCAAAAUGGCUGAUGAACGCGAGUCUGCAACAAGCUCCCAACCCAUACACUCUAAACCCGUUUCGUAAAGACAAGAGCAAUGCAAUGACUGAGAUUGAUGGAACGCCAAGCAGAAAUUUCUUUACAGUGCUCAACAUAGGCAAGUACUACACUGAUGAUCAGUUUUUGAACAUCUACAGCUUCUCCCUGGUGUAUCAGUGGUUGUACUACACCCAGCAGGCUCUCUCAGAGGACAGUGAUCAUUCCAAGUCAUCACAGGUUGCCAUGGUUACGCAGGUGUUUGAGGCACUGGUUACCAAGACGAUAGACUACUGCUUCCGUGUCUUUGACCAGUGUGAAAGAAAGCCGAAGGUUCAAUCAGAUGCUGAAGUACAAACAGCAUGUCUUUCAGAGGCUGUGAAAAUUUUGGACCUGGUUUGUAGUAUUGAUGAAGCUCAGGUACCCCGUGUCUACCAGGAGGUCAAGCGACUGUACACUCGGAUAUCCCAGAAUGCAGCACUGUCAACAGUAAACCUUCAAAUUCUGCAGUUCUUCCUUAAUCAUAGUGCGGUGGUAGUUCAUGACCCUGGGGAGGCAUAUGAGAUGUUUUUCAAACAAGUGCUGAGUCAGCGGUUCCAGGAUCCAGGGCUUGCGUUUGACGUCAUCAGGUUUACACUGGACAACCUGGAAACAUUGAGUUACAAGACAAACAUACUCUCAAAAUACUUCCCCAACUUUUUGAAGUUGCUGGCCUGGCACCCACGCACUUUCCUCACCGAGUUUGUUGAUAUUCUACCUGCCUUCAUGUCGCCAACUACAUCCAUGGAGAUUUUCCACACAUUGUUGGACCUGCCCUGCAUGACGGCAGCCCUGGAGAUCUUGGAGAAGGUUCCCAAAACUGAGUCACAAACAUCCGUGACAUCUUCACUUGGUGAUGUCGAAGUCAGUGUCUCGACGGGAGCGUCCCAAAACCCUCUGUAUCGGCCACUCUUUAACUUCAUCACCCGAGCAGAAGGCGGAUGUGGGGAUACUAUAAGCAGAUUGUCGACACUUUACCAAGUUUUGCAGGACAUGAAAAUUAAUCCCAGAGUUCGUGUUUGUGGUCAGACCGUGCCAUGUCUUCUUAGGGUUUGGUUUUCAGUUGUUUUAGAAGAGGCAGGGGAUGACUUUGCUUCUCAGCUUCUACUAGUGUUUUUGGAGCGGUCAGGUCUUCUUUAUGACAUACCAGACAUUGGUUACCAGCUUGAUGUUAGACGUCUGCUAUCUGAAAAUCUGGUGUGUUUGAUAAAAAAGUACCCAGUUGUCGUCGUCAGUCAGUACAGCGAGAUCACAGACUUCCUGGCCAUUUCUCGCAAUAUCACAGAGCUGGAAAAUAUCUUCUCAAAUCUCGUGUGGGCUGUUGGAGAGUUCUGUUCGGUUCAGUGCCAUGCCGGGUGUUCGGCCAACCUCACUGGUCAGUACUACGUGACUCUGGAGGCCCUCAUCUACGAGGUGUCUGCCAAUCUGACGUCUGCCGCUCCACAAGAACGGAGCAGUCCCAAGGUCAUGUCUGUACUGAUGUCAGCUGUAGCCAAGGGUCAUAACUAUGGAGGAACCAAUCACAGGUCAUGGCUGGCCACAAGGUGUCAGGACUUGAUCCCCAGAGCCAUCUUGUGCCUAACCAAGGUUGCCAAGCAACAUGUGAACAAUUCUGAUGAUCAGGAAGGUGCCGCUAUUCUAGUCAGUCGAGCCCAGGAAUUGAUAAAUCUAUUAAAGUUACCCAAUUUUGCCUCUCUGGUGUUGAAUCCGACACAAGAUAUUGACACAGGAAGAUGGCACAGAGAUAACAUGUCUCUGCCCAUUGUUCUGCGGCGGACCCACAGACUGCUCUGUCCAAGUGAGAAAUGAGGACCAAUUCAAACUGAUGCAGCAAAAUAAGAACAGACAUUUGUACAGUGGCAGUGUGAUGAAUGUUAUUGAACUUUGACCACUGACAGUGCUAGGAGACGAGAUAAUAAUGUAAUAUGAUGAGCUGUGCAAUAAAUAUAUAUUUAUAUCCAGA